CUUCUUUUCAAAAUCAGAGAGAGAGAGAGAUAGAGAGAGAAAGAGAGAACACUCUAGAAUUCUUCAUCCUCCUUCGUUUUCGAAUUUCGAAAUCUCUCUCAAUAGUCUCUCACUAGUUCGAUCUUACGACGGUAUCCAUGGAGGUCAAGGAAGAGAAACUGAUGGAGGAGGAGCAACGACUGCCGGAGAAGACGAUUCCGGUAUUCACCGUUCUGAAAAACGGCGCGAUUCUCAAAAACAUCUUCGUUGUGAAUAGUCGCGAUUUCUCUUCGCCGGAGAGAAACGGUUCCACUGUUAGCGGCGAUGACGACGAGGUAGAGGACACUCUCGUCGUCGGUCGUCAUCCAGACUGCGAUAUUCUUCUAACGCACCCUAGCAUUAGCAGAUUCCACUUAGAAAUCCGAUCGAUCUCAUCUCGUCAGAGACUCUUCGUCACGGAUCUAUCCUCUGUUCAUGGGACUUGGGUUAGGGAUCUGAGAGUUGAGCCACAUGCUUGUGUCGAGGUUGAAGAAGGUGAUAUGAUUAGGAUUGGUGGUUCAACUAGGAUCUAUAGGCUUCACUGGAUUCCGUUGAGCCGUGCGUAUGAUUUUGAUAAUCCGUUUGUUUCACCACUUGAUGCGUCUAUGGUGAUGGAGCAAGAAGAUGAGAAUAGAAUGACUGAAGCAGAGAAUCUAGAGGUUGCACAACAUCAGUCACUAGUGAAUACUGGAUUAAGUGAUGAUGGAGAUCUACAUCUGGAUGUGACGUCAGAAGGAACUGGAUCAUCAGUCCCUAGUGAGGAUGAGGAUACAUAUGUUACCACGAGGGAGAUGUCGUUGCCACUUGCGUCUCCAAGUGUUUUGGCACUAGCUGGAGAUUCUGCCAGGUCACAAGAGCUUCAAAUCAAAGAAGAUUUGCAGACUUCAACAAAGUGGGACUUGGAUGUUUUAGAAGCCGGGGAAGAUAAGCCAAAUAGCAGCUGCUCCCCAAGUAAGCAGCAGAGUGGUGGCUACCUGGAGGGAUUAGGUUGUUCUGACCUUCUUGUCGCUGCAGAGGCUGAUGAAUGCAAUGCCAGAGGAGAUGGAGGUUUGCAUCUGAAUGUGAUUUCAGAGAGGAUGGAAUCAUCAGUGCCUAAUGAGGAGGAUCCAUUUCUAGUUGCAAAGGAGACUUUAUCGCUACAACUCUCAACAGAUUCCAAUAAUUCAGAAAUACUACGGCUCACGGAAGAUGUUCAGGCGUCACCAGAGUUGUCCAUAAAUAGUGUAGAAGUCAACGCAGAAAUUCCAAGUAGUAGCUGCUCCCCAAGUAAGGGAAAGAUUGAUGACUGCUUUGAAGCUUCUAGUUGUUCUGCACCUGAGUUGACUAUAAAGGUUGAGAUUCUGAGCCUUCAUCCAGAAGUCAGUGAAGAAACUGAGUUAGUCACAAAGGAGGUUAUGGAAGCAUCUGCUAAACCACUAAGUAAGGCUGAUAAUAUGAGUCAAGAAAAUAGAGAAACUGAGGUCUCAAGGCAAGUUAUUGCAGUAUCUCCCAAUUCCUUCUCUCAAGCUGGGCCACCUUUAGAAAUUUUAACUGAAGCGCAAGGCCUCGUUGGUUCUGAAUUCAUGGGUGAAGUUUUAGUAGAGACUGAAAUUGAGAACCCACUACAUCAAAAGAGCAUUGGAGAAACAAAGGCUGAAAUUUGGAGUCACGGAGCUUAUAAUGAAACUGAAGUCUCGACGCAAGGUAUUACAGUAGCUCCCAGUUCCUUCUCUCAAGCUGAGCCAACUUUGGAAAUUUUAACUGAUGACGCUCCAGGCCUCCUAGGUUCUGAAGUGCUAAGUGAAGUGGCAGUAGAUAUUGACAUUGACAACCUACUACAUCAAAAAAGCAAUGGAGAACCAAAGGCUGAUAUUCAGAGUCACAAAGACAAUGGAGAAACUGAGGUCUCAAGGCAAGUUAUUGCAGUAUCUACCAAAUCCUUCUCUCAAGCUGAGCCAACUUUAGAAAUUUUAACUGAAGUCCAGAGUGAAGUAGCCAUAGAGACUGAAAGGGAGAACGUACUACAUCAGACAAGCAAUGGAGAAGCCAAGGUUGGUUCAAGACAAGUCAGUGCAAUAUCUGAUUUGUCCGCUGGAAACGAAUGUCUUUCAAGAAACAAUACCGAAGAUAUCCAAAGUCUAUGCUCGAGUUGGCAGCCAAUGCCUGAGAGUGAAGUUGGGGAUCAUUCUGAGAUCUGGAGUGAUGCUAAUUCUGCAGGACAUCAGAAUAAAAAAUCAGGAAUGACCAGAGAGACUGAACAGAUAUUUGAUGAAGGGAGCAGCUCGUGCCUUACUGAGGUCCAACGAAGUAAUACACAAAUUUUCUUGUCAACACCAAAUCAGAAACCCAAACCAGAAUUGUCAAUUGGCUCUGGGAGAUCCGAAAAAUAUUACAGCCUAAGCGAAAUAAAGGGUGAAGAAAGUACUGAUAAAUGGUGUCCAAUUCUCUCAACCUUGACGGCAGAAACCUUUGGGGAAACAAAACCGAUUGAAGAACUGCCUUCUGAUGAUACUGGAAGUCAAGAAAACCAGACCCCGCAAACAUAUACUGUUAGAGAUGAUGUACUGUCUGAGAUGGAUAGCUCAAGCACAUGCAACAUUUGGUCUAGGAGAGGAAAAGCUGCUUCCGUUCUUCAGAUCCGGACCAACAAGAGUGAAGGAAAGCAGAAGCAAACUGGGAGACAACCAAAAGACAAGUUGCAUAGAAGACAGGCUCUAAGUGACAAGUCUAUUUCUCUGACUGUUCAUCAUGGUACAGAGAAUCUGGAACCAGAGAUCUUUACUCCUGACAAGGAGAAUCUCACCCCAAGUUCUCAUAUGUUGAAAAGAUUACAAGAUAUUGGUGACGUGAAAGAUAGCAAGAGCUCUUCAAAGCUUUCAGGAAGAUCAUGCUCCUCACUGGUUCAUUCCAGUAUUGCUAUUGUUGAUUCAGAGGCAUUCGCAGAACCAGAAAUCUUUACCCCAGAUAAGGAGAAUCUUACCCCAAACUCUCAUAUGCUAAAACGUUUGCGAGAAUUUGGUGAUAUUAAGGGUACAAAAGGCUCCUCCUCUAAAGCAACACGUAAACCAUUCUUUGAUCAUUUGGAAGCAAAUGUGAUGGCGGAACAGAAACCAGAAGAUCUACAGAGCAUGAGCAGCAAAUCUAAGGUGAAGCAUGAGCCUGUGGCACUGAAGAAGAAAGCUGAACGGGUGCCUUUUCAACCUCUAUUUGACAAAUCUUCUUCCCAAAGUCAGUCAUACACUGAGGCUUCUACUACAUCAGCGAGGAACAACAAUUCUAGAGGCAUUCGUUCUUCUUCUGUCCUUUCUGAUGGAAAGAGCAAGAUGAAGUGGACCAUUGUGCUGGACACUUCUUCACUCCUGGAUAAGGAGUCCAGGAAGCCACUGCACCUACUACAAGGUCUCAAGGGGACACAUCUGGUCGUACCAAGAACAGUGUUAAGGGAACUAGAUGAGGUGAAGCGCAGUCGCAGUCUUCUCUUCAGAAGAAGAACAGAGAUGGCUUCUUCAGCUCUGGAUUGGAUUGAGGAGUGUAAGGUUAAUUCAAAAUGGUGGAUUCAAGUCCAGAGGCCAUCAGAGGAAACCAAAGCAACUGCACCGACCCCACCAGUCACUCCUCAGUCAAAGGGAUCAUUGGCAUUCCCGUUUUCACUUCACUGGAACAAUUAUGCACCAGAGAUCGAUUCUCCUACAUCAGAAGAUCAGGUUUUAGAAUGUGCUCUUCUUUAUCGGAACCGUAACUGUGACGAAAAACUAGUUCUUCUUAGCAACGAUGCAACUCUCAAGAUCAAAGCCAUGGCAGAGGGUGUGAUAUGUGAGACGCCACAUGAGUUCUACGAGAGUCUGGUGAAUCCUUUCUCAGAGAGGUUUAUGUGGACAGAGAGCACGCCGAGAGGACGGACUUGGAGUCAUCUAGACGACGUCGUGUUGAGAGAAAGGUACAACAACCGAGCUUGUAGAAGAAAGUCAACAUACAAUGGAGGAGGAAGAGGAGAGAGUGGUGCAGCAGCUAAAGGCUUGAAGCUCAUAUUGCUCCAUAACUCUCACUACGGCCACACUCACUGAUGACGCUUCAUCAUCAUCAUCAUCCAUCAGUACCAUCACUAUGGCGACAGUCAAUGAUGAUGCAUCAUCUAUCAUGUUCCUUCUGUCCAACUAAGCCAAAUAAUUCUACUCGCUUACUCAUGGUAAACAUAUGGAAUAGUGUUUUUAGAAUGAAUUGACAUUUCCAUAAUGUGGCUACUAUUAUGACUCUUCUAAUUUUUUAAUUGUGGAAUCCAACGAUAGGGAUCGUCACUUUACGAAAUUAGAAUAUUGGAUAAAAUCGUAAAGCUUA